AUGCAGCAUAUUAUCAGCUGUCCAAGCAAAAAUCGAAGAGCAAAUCAGCGAGCGAAAAUACUUAGUAUUAAACAGCAACUCGAUAAUCGUGAAGCUACGGUCAAAUUCUUCCAUGUUAGCACCGAAAACAAUCCAGCUGAUGCUGGAACCAGAGGUCUGACAUCACAAGAAGUUAUCAAGCACGACUGGAUCAAAGGACCACGCUUGCUAGAAAAUCACUGUAGCGAGUGGCCUAUCAAGUCGACAAACACACUAUCUGACGUCCAUGAGGAUGACGGAGUAGAAACAAUGGUUGCUACUACAUUGAAAGUAAUCACAUCAGAAAACAAACAACAAGAACAGCUUAUUGAUCUCAAGCGUUUUUCGAAAAUCGACAACGUGCUACGUGUGCUAGCAAAGGCUGCAAAAACAAUGAAAAAUCGGGUUUCAAAAACCAAUCAAAAUCGCUCGUCACCGAUAAAAAUAUCAGAAGUCGACAAAUUUGGUAACGUGUUCGAAAUAACCGCAUCAGAUAUGGUCAACGCGGAACGCCUUCUAAUUAGUGAUUAUUCGCGACGAAGACAGAAUCAUUCGGCACCACUCCCGCCUUCAAAAUGCCUCAAUUCCGUAUGA